AUGCUAACAGGAAGGAUUGGGAAGUGGAUUCUAGCAUUAUCAGAGUUUAGCUUUCAAUAUGUACCCCAAAGGGCAGUCAAGGGCCAAGCAAUUGCUCAUUUCUUAGCAGAGCACCAAGAGUCUCAAGAUGAGAUUGUCAAUAUACCAGGGAUCCUAGAAGUAACUAAUGUUUGGAUCCCACCCAGCAAGGGUAUCUUGGGCACAGAAGAACAAGAAAUAAACAGGGUAACUGGUCUCUGGAUUACUCCUUGGAAGCUUUAUUUUGAUGGUUCUUACACUCAGAAGGCUUCUGGAGCAAGGAUUGUCAUCAUAAAUCCCCAAGGGGUUCACCACUAUUACUUGUUCCUUCUAGAUUACCAAGGGGAUACCAACAAUCAGGCGGAAUAUGAAGCCUUAAUAAUUGGCUUGGAGAUCUUGAUAGAGCUAGGGGCAACGAAGAUAGAAGUGUUUGGUGAUUCAAAGUUAGUAAUAAACCAGCUAAAUGGAGAAUACAAGUGCAGACAUAUCACCAUGGCUGGGUAUUACUUGGCGGCCACACAAUUGUUGAGCUAUUGGGAUUCUAAAGUGUCAGUUAAUCAUGUUCCUAGGGAGUCUAAUUUGGCGACUAACGAGAUGGCACAAAUAGCAUCGGGAGUACCAAUCCAGGAAAGAAAGUAUGGAGUAGAUGUCGAGAUUCAAAGAAGAAAUCUUCAUUCUAUGCUAGAAAGGGGAUUCAGUCUAGAUAUAAUGGUCCAAGAAACCAAGACGGAAGACUGGAGAUUGCCUAUCAUUCAUCAUUUGAAAGAUCUUUCUUCACCCACAAGUAAGAAGAAUAGACAGCAAGCAACUAAAUAUGUCUUAUGGAAGGAGAACCUACUAAGGAAAACUCUGGAUGGGCUACUACUGAAAUGUCUAGGCCAAGAGGAAUCUAUGAGAGUAAUGGCCGAGGUACAUGAAGGGAUAUGUGGGGCACAUCAAGCUGGAACAAAGAUGAGGUGGUUGAUCAGGAGAGGAUGGGCAAUGGACUUUAUUGGGCAGAUUUAUCCAUCUUCUAAUAAGGGGCAUAUUUUCAUAAUUGUGGCGACGGAUUACUUCACCAAAUGGGUAGAAGCCUCAGCUGUAAAGACCAUAACUUCAGCUACACUCAAGAAAUUUAUUGAGACCAAGAUUCUGCACAGUGAAGAGUACAUGGAAGCUAUGUGUCAAGGGAUUGAAGAUUUAGAUGUAGCCCGAAUUGAGGCCUUGAACUAG